UGUAAUGGCUACUCGAAAUUUGGAGAAAUUGGCAUCGAUUGAAGCUCAGUUGAGGCUUUUGGUUCCUGGGAAAGUACAAGAGGAUGAUAAGCUUAUUGAGUAUGAUGCUUUGCUUUUGGAUAAGUUUCUUGACAUUCUUUAG